AUGACCACAAUUAUUGAUUCAGAAUCUCCAAAAUUGAGUUAUCCGUAUGGGGACUGUCAUAAAAGGGAGAUAUGUUCAAAGCUUUCAAAAAAGACAGUGAAGCCAACCGAUUUUAUGACACGAUAUUCAAUAAAUGCAGAUAUUUUACAUCAUACAGAAUCAAAUCAUUUAACGUCAUUUACAAACAAUGAGGAACAACGUGGAAACACGAAUUCGACGAAUAAUACUCAGAUGCAUCGUUAUGUUUCAAAAUAUCCAUCUAUGAUAGCACAGCCUAGCAGUGUUGAAACAGUUUCAUCACAAGCUACGAUUGCAUCUUCAAGUAUUUCACCAUCAUCAUUUCCAAGAAUAACUCAUCAUCUUGAUAUUGCUAAUCAUCCUAUUCAAAAUAUUCUUCAAAUGCUUUCAUCUCUUCUUCUUAAAAUUACACAGUCUAAUGAUCAUCUUCAUCAUACUCGUAAUUAUCGAUUAUCAUCAUCGCAGUCACCUAAUUCAAUUCUUUUACUCUCUUUUCACGCAAGAAACAUACCAUCUAUAUCUAUUUAUGCUUAUCUUGUUCGUAUUCUGAAAUACUGUCCAGCAACCAAUGAAGUUUUCCUUAGUCUUCUUGUUUACUUUGAUCGUAUGAGUCGCCAAUCUAAUAGCAGACUAUCUAAACUUUCUUCAAAAAACGAACCAACACCUAUUUUUGUUAUCGAUAGCUAUAACAUUCAUCGUCUUAUUAUUGCUGGUAUUACUGUUGCUUCCAAAUUUUUCAGCGAUAUCUUUUACACAAAUUCUCGCUAUGCAAAGGUCGGAGGAUUGCCCCUAUCAGAACUUAAUCACCUUGAACUACAAUUCUUAUUAAUGAAUGAUUUCAGACUUAUGAUACCACUUAAAGAAAUGCAGCAAUAUGGCGAUCAGCUUUUACGAUAUUGGCUAUCCACUAACGCACGCAAACAGGAACAAAAUAAUCACUAA